UGCCCUGAAUGCACUGAACCGGGUAGCACCCCCCAGAUAUCAUCGACGCGACGUAAUGGCGGCCCGCUAGCUCUGCACACACCUGCUGAAAAGGCUGCCCUGAACGGGUAGCACCGCCCAAACGCCAUCGACGUGAUGGCAGCCCGCUGACCGAUGCGUUGGAGCGUCGUGCUGGUCGUGGUGGCCGAGGCCGGCAAGCAUGUGUACCGCGCCGGAAGCGCCCCGACGAUCAGCCACAACACGCUCGUGAAACGAGGAGUUAUUCUCUGGGCGCACGGCCGAUCGGCAACGGACACGUACUGCCUGACCCUGCGGCGGUCGGCACGAAUGAACUUUUGUCGGCACAUGAAGGAGGGCUUCAACACGAAGCACGCGUCCGGUGUGUUAUUGCGAAAGAAGCGCCUCGAACGGUGCGGCAAGGACGGGCAACUGCUGACCCACAUAAAACCGAGCCACGUGCGCAAUUCUUCUAGGACAGACGUGCGCUCGCCCGAGGACUUGUUUGCGGCCGCGCGGGGCGCCGGCUUCGAGGUCGUCGUGGCGGUCUACCGCCACAACGCGCUCGCGCGCGCCGUGAGCUCGUUUGAGAUUCAUAGAUAUGCGGGGCUGAAGCGGGAGGACUCCGGGACGCUGGCGGCGCGGCGGCGAGUGGCUCAGUGUCCGUUCCUUCUUCUUCGACACGGCGCGUCGAUGGCGUGAAGCUGGGCCCGCGUCGCGUCGAUGGCUUUCGGGAUGGCCCGCGUCGACGCCUAGACGUCUUCGGUGUGAGGAUGACAGUGGGAAAUGAGCUUCACUGAUGUGGUCUUCAUGCAGACGUCGACGCGAUGUGGCGCCGCCUCGACGCCGUCGACGCGGCCGCACGAGAGUCUACCGCGGCGGUUUCGCGACGUUUCCGUCCGACGCAGGCGCGAGGCCAAGCUCAAGCAGCGGGCGUCCGAGGACUUCUGCCACGCGCCCGGCGCGCUCAAGCGCCACUUCGAGACGGAGCGCGACUUGUACGACCGCGGCCUGCGGGCGGCGCGCGCGAACGGGCUCAAGCUUUUGAGGUUUUCGUUCGAGGCUGUCACCGGGGACCUCUGCGGCACCAUCAAGAAGACCACGACGGCUCUAGGGUGCGAAACGCGGUGCCGCUGCCAGCCGACGCUCUCCAAGCACCAGCGGACGUCGCGGCGCGACCGGUCGCUCGCGGGCCGGACGUCGCCGGAAGCCGCGAAGUGCAUCACGGCGGAGCUCGCCGGGGACGUGAGGUACGAGUGGAUGCUGAACCUCUCGGCGACGCGGCCGCCGAAAGUCGUCGAGGAGUAUGAGAGGCGGUUGCGGCGGGCGGGGGAGGUGUAAGUAUCUAUGUGUUUUUA